UUGAGCUGCGCCUCCCAACUCUACUCAUCUAAGCUUGAAUCGCCUUCAUCCAAAGCUUCAAGCUUCAAUCGCCUUCAUCCUCCUUCAUCGCCUUCCAUCUCAAAUUUUUGCUUCUCUUUCUCAAUACUUUCUGAUUCUUCUGCUGCUCCUGUUCCUCAAAGUUUUUAUCUAAAAAUGGCUAAUGAAGAAGUUCAGUCACCUAAUGAUGUUUCUCCGACACAACAAACUCAAACAGCUCUGGAUGAGACGAAUGUCGAAAGUCAAGAACCUGAAGCCGUUCGUGAGCCUAGUGUAAGUCCUAACAAAAGAGGACUCAAAUUUGUUUAUUGGCGUCAUUACAACAGGCAGAAGUUCGAUGGCAAGUUUAAGGCUAUUUGCAAAUAUUGCGAGAAGAAACUUGGUGGUGAGACAGCAAAUGAUACUACUCAUUUAAAGGACCAUCUUUCAAUAUGUGCAGCUCGCAAUAAAAGAAGUCCAAUGCAAAUCUUGCUUAAAGUUUCUGAAGUGCCGGGGAAGGGUAAAGAAUCAUUUGUUGCUGGAACUUAUACUUUUAAUCAAGAUAUUUCUAGGACUGAACUUGCGAAAAUGAUCAUUCUUCAUGAAUACCCCAUCAUGAUGGUCGACCAUGCUGGUUUUCGAAGCUUUAUACAUUCUCUUCAACCUUUGUUCAAGAUACCUUCUCGCAACACCAUGAAGAAUGAUAUCAUGAAGUUGUGUGAAAGCGAGAGAGCAAAGCAAAUGAAUUCAUUUGGUAAGAAUAAAAGUCGCAUUGCAAUAACUACCGAUAUGUGGACUUCUAGCAAUCAAAACAAAGGGUACAUGGCUGUCAUAGCUCAUUACAUCGAUAAUAAUUGGAAUUUGCAGAAUCGAAUCAUAAGAUUCAUUUAUGUGCCUGCACCACAUAUUGCUGAAGUGAUUGGUGAUUCUCUAUCAAAAUGUUUGUUUGAAUGGAAUAUUGAUAGAAAAUUGUCGACAUUAACUGUUGAUAAUUGUAGCACCAAUGAUGCUUUGAUUGAAUAUUGAUUAAUAAGUUUGGAGUUGUGUCUUUUGUUUUAGAUGGUGAAUUGUUUCAUAUGCUUUGUUGCGCUCACAUCUUAAACUUGAUUGUUAAAGAUGGUAUGCAAACAAUUGGAACUUCGAUUGAAAAGAUUAGGGAAAGUGUUGGUUAUUGGGUUGCAACACCUAAGAGGGAGGAGAAAUUUAAAGAUACUUGUCAACAAUUGGGUAUGACCUAUGAAAAGAAGCUUGCACAAGAUUGUAGGACAAAGGGGAACUCUGCUUAUUUGAUGCUUGCUUCUGCAUUGCCUUAUGAAGAAGUUUAUAAACGCUGUGCUAUACGUUUUAGUCAUUAUAAAUCCUUACCAAAAGAUUGGAAAGUGGCAAGAGAAAUUUGUGAACAUUUGAAAUUGUUUUUUAGUGUUUUUUAGUGUCACCGAGUUGUUUUCAGGUACUAAGUAUCCAACUUCAAACCAUUAUUUUCCCAAAAUUUGUGAAAUAAGGUUGGCUUUAAGAGAGUGGCAAAUUUUUUGUAGUGAUACCAUUUGGAAUAUGGAAGGAGAUAUGAUUGUGAAGUUUGACAAGUAUUGAGGUUUGAUUAAUGGGGUGAUGGCAAUAGGGGCUGUU